CUCUCCACUCUUCUCACAUACCACACAAUGGCUCUUCGACUCGCGACGAGGCGCUUUGCGCCAAUUGCCUUCCGCCGCGGAAUGGCCACCACGAUCGAGCACACCAAGGAGCCUAUCUCCGCCACCGCCGAGGCACUCUCCGCCUCGCGGCCUCCUAUCAAGGAAACGAAGACGUCGACCGUCAAGGAGCCACAGAUGGACGCCGAUGCGAAGACAAAGACCUUCCACAUCUACCGAUGGAACCCCGAUCAGCCCACCGACAAGCCCCGCAUGCAGUCAUACACGCUGGACCUGAACAAGACGGGUCCUAUGAUGUUGGAUGCUCUGAUCAGGAUCAAGAACGAGGUGGACCCGACCUUGACAUUCCGAAGGAGUUGCAGAGAGGGUAUUUGCGGCAGCUGUGCCAUGAACAUCGACGGCGUCAACACAUUGGCGUGUUUGUGCCGCAUUCCCACCGACACAGCAAAGGAGACUCGCAUUUACCCACUUCCACACACCUACGUCGUCAAGGACCUCGUGCCAGACAUGACCCAGUUCUACAAGCAGUACAAGUCCAUCAAGCCAUACCUCCAGCGCGACACCGCACCACCAGAUGGCAAAGAGAAUCGUCAGUCCGUCGCCGAUCGCAAGAAGCUUGAUGGUCUUUACGAGUGCAUUCUCUGCGCAUGCUGCAGCACAUCUUGCCCAUCCUACUGGUGGAACUCGGAGGAGUACCUCGGACCAGCUGUCCUUCUCCAGUCAUACCGAUGGAUCAACGACUCGCGUGACGAGAAGACCGCACAGCGCAAGGACGCACUCAACAACAGCAUGAGCUUGUACCGAUGCCACACCAUUCUGAAUUGCUCAAGGACCUGCCCCAAGGGCUUGAACCCCGCUUUGGCCAUCGCGGAGAUCAAGAAGAGCAUGGCUUUCACGGGAUAGAUGGAACGAGAUGAUUGGAAAGCGGGGAGUUGAGGAACGGGAUCUGUUUUUGCGUGCUGGCAUCGCCUAGAUUUGUCCCAGUCAAGAGGGAGCAGUUGUGCCGAUUUUGCGGCAUUGUGGCAAUCAGUGAGCCACGGUUCUAUCGUUUCAUGUGUAAAUAGCAAUUGCAUUUGCGGCUGUCUCGAAAUCGACGGAAGACAUUUUACAACAUA